AUGAUGCACGUUGAACCGGACGUUCCCACCCCCGCCCCACGUUUGUUGGCCACCGUACAGCUAGACAACAACUACGCGAACGAGGAUGAGCCGGUGGUUGAACACGUCAUCCCGAUCUCGGUAGACUGGGUGCUCCGCGGCUUGGAGCUCGCGCGCGUGGUGCCGGACAUUGAGCAUUGUACCUUCGAACCAGGCGAUGUGCUCAUGUACACAACCGAGUACACUGAGGACAUGGAGGAAGAAGAGGAUCACGCCGUCAAUGUUCGCGCCGCCUUCACCCACUCUCAGGAACUCGCGGAGAAACAUGCAGCCGGAACCUCAGCUAAGUCUAUUGAAGAACUCGUCCCGGAACAAUACCGACGCUACUUGAAGGUGUUUGACAAGAUCUCGUCGGAGCGCCUUCCCGACCACGGCCCAUUCGACCACGCCAUCGACCUGAAACCGGAGUUUGAGGAGCGUCUGCAGACCCAUCCACUCAACUGCAAGGUUUACCCAAUGUCGGCAAACGAGCAGACGGCACUUGACACCCUUCUGAAGGACGGUCGGGAACGUGGCAUUCUGCGCCCGUCCAAGUCACCCAUGGCGAGUCCAUUCUUCUUCGUGAAAAAGAAAGACGGUACUCUUCGACCCGUUCAGGACUAUCGUAUCCUCAACACAGGCACGGUCAAGAACACCUACCCGCUACCGCUCAUCAGCGACAUCGUGGAUCGGCUCACGGGUGCCAAGAUCUUCUCCAAGAUGGACGUGCGCUGGGGCUAUAACAACAUCCGUAUCAAGGAGGGCGACGAAUGGAAGGCGGCGUUCAAGACAAACCGUGGACUAUUUGAGCCUUUGGUGAUGUUCUUUGGCUUGACCAAUUCGCCGGCCACGUUCCAGACCAUGAUGAACGAGAUCUUUAGGGACAUGAUCGAUGAAGGCGUCAUUAGUAUCUAUAUGGACGACAUCUUGGUUCAUACAAAGGAACUGACACACCAUCGGGACACCGUCAAUCGAGUUCUACAACGGCUCCAAGAUCACGACCUUUACCUCAAGCCCGAGAAGUGUCAGUUCGAGCGUGACAGUGUCGAGUUCCUGGGAUUGGUGGUGUCGCACAACCAGAUGUCGAUGGACCCCGUUAAGGUGGCUGGCGUCAUGGGAUGGCCUACUCCCCGCAACAUCAAGGAAAUUCAAUCCUUCAUCGGCUUCACCAACUUCUACCGUCACUUCAUCGCCGACUUCUCGUCUAUCGCACGUCCACUCUUCGACCUUACGAAGAAGAUGGUGCCUUGA